UAGGGGCUCAUCGCAAGAUGGUAUGGUGGUCCUUGAAAGUAGGUGUAUAUAAGGACGUCCCCAAGCCGGCUGUCUUGCCUAUCAUAAUGAGUAAUAUCAAGUUCAAAACUAAUUGCCUCUUCUAACAUUUGGAAACUCGGGUUUUACAGCAAUUUUCACAUUUAGCCACCCUCAAAAAUGGUUAUCAAGAAGCGUCAGAUUCUUUGGGACUGGACUAACACGCCUGGUCCCACCAAUCCAGGUAUCCCCGAUAAAAUCAACCAGGUUCCCUUCGGUGACAACAGCCCGGUCGCCUCUCUCGUGAACUGGAACUCCUGGGUGCCACCUGAACUCAAGGAUCGAGCACCGUUCCGCCCCAUGGUCCGUGUCCUUGAGAAUACUCGGAGCCAAGACUGGGACAUGAUCCAGAACUCAAAGUAUCCCAUCAUCCUUUACUUCAACGAGCCCGAACGUGCCGGUAUAAGUCCGGAGCAGGCAAGGGACAUCUGGUACGGUCAGAUGCUACCCCUGAGGAAGAAUAAGGGAAAGAAACUUGGGUCUCCAGCUGUUGCUUCAGAUGAUAACGGUCGGAAGUGGAUCGAAAAGUUCAUGUCGCUUGUGUCAAAUGACCCUCCUGACUUUCUCUGCUUGCACUACUACUCAAAGAAUCCCAAUGAUGCCAUCAAGUAUAUCCAGGACAUGCAUCAAAAGUGGCCCCAACAUAAAGUAAUGGUUACCGAAAUCGCAUGUAUCGACCGCAACUAUCCGACCGUCAUUAACUUCACUGUCCAAAUCUGCAAUUGGCUGGACAGCCAGGACUGGGUUUUUGAAUACGGUCUUUUUGACUUCCAGCGCCAAGUUGCCGACGGCUUCGUUAGUCCCGCUGCUCAGCUUAUGGAUGUGAACGGCAACUUUACGGAGCUGGGCAAGAUGUAUGUUCACCAGCAGCCCAUGAAGGCACCUGGUGCUGCGAACGUCUUCAUCUCACUUAAUGCCGUUGCGGACGGUGAUUUCGAGGUUGAGGCCAGUGAUGACGCGAAAGCCGGAGAGCCGGUAUCUCACGAUGCCAGCGAUGCGACUGUCGAAACCCUAGGAGCCUCCGAAGCCGCUGAAAAUGGAGGGCUGGUCGAGUUUAGCAUCGCCGCAGCUCUCAGCCCAGACCAGCAGAAGGCUCUCAACAUCCACAAUGACAAGCGGAAGGGCAAGGGUCUCAAGCCCCUUGCAUGGGAUAGCCAGCUUGCGAAAGACGCCGAAAUUUACGCGAAGCAUCUGGCUCAAAUCGGCAAAUUGCAGCACUCGAGCGGUGAUCAACGACCGAACCAGGGUGAGAACCUCGCAGGCGCUUCCAGCUCAAACACACCUCUUGCCAUGUCUGCGAGCCUAUGGAUUGCCGAAGAGAAGAACUACCACGGUGAGCCGAUCGGACAGGGCGAUUUCGGAUCGUACGGACACUAUACUCAAUGUAUGUGGAAAUCCACUACCAAGCUCGGCAUGGGCUCUGCCAAGGACGGCAAGGGUAACGUUUAUAUCGUCGGGAGAUAUUCUCCUCCCGGGAACUUUACCGGCCAGAAACCGUACUAAUGACUUCGGUCGCUGCUUGGUUGGUUUUUUUUUUUCUUGGCUCGGGAGUUUCCUUAUGAAUCUCGGCAACUUGAACUUGGGCGGGUUCGUUGAAUUUGUUUGCGCGGGGUUUUGACUGG